AUGGCCAACUUUAUGCAAAGGAUGGUACAACUAGCAGGUUUCUCUACACCUAACUCCAUCCAAUUGUCUCCCCCACAAAAGUUGCAUGAGUUUGCGAGUUUCACGUGUGAAAUAUGUGUCGAGCCCACAAUUUUGCCAGAACGAAAAUUCAAGAAUGGAGGCUUUUGUAUUCAUCCUUUCUGCAAUGAUUGCAUUAUCAAGUACGUUAAAAUGAAAAUUGAAAUUGACAAGGCCACGGAGAUCAAAUGUCCCGGCCUAUGUUGUAAUUUCAAUCUUGACAUACUCUCUUGUCGUUCGAUCCUCCCUAUUAAGUUGUUUGAAAGAUGGUGUGAUAUCCUUUUCGACAAAUUCAUUUUGGGGUUCGAUCUCAUAUAUUACCCUAAUCGAAUGUGUUCAGCGUUGAUGGUGAACGAAUGCGGUGGGUAUGUAAAGCAGUCUAUUUGUCUUUACUGUAAAGAACCGUUAUGUUUCAAGUGCAAAACUUCGUGGCAGACUGUCUUUGAUUGUAAAGAGAUUGAAACAAUUAAGGAUAACAAUGACAUUGCUUUUGAUAUUCUUGUUAAGAAGAAUAAGUGGACGAAGUGCCCUAAAUGCAUGUUCUAUGUCUCAUUGAGAAGUGGUUGCACAAAAAUCUUAUUGUAA